ACGUUAUCUUAUUUUCACAUUUUAGCGCCAAGUCUCAGAAGUCAGAACCCUGCUUCACUACACUAGGGUUUUGCUUAGCUGCUGCCAUUCCGUUUCAAGGAAAUGGGAACCGGUUCGGCCUUAGCCGGAAAAGAAGUCCCCGUCGUCGGAAGCGACGUCGUUCGCUGGAUCGAUCUCUCCGUUCCUUCUUCCUCCAACAUUGCCGCCGCCGACGCCGCCGCCCCUCCCACCGCCGACGACCGCGCCUCCUGCUUCGUCAUCGGAGAUCCUCCUACUUAUCUCAUCUGGAAAAUCCACAAGGCUCAACCUCAGACUCUGGAGUUGCUCGAACUCACCGCUUCCAAAGAAUUCCCGCGCGUGGGGUUGAGAUUCACCUUCACGGACGCGCUUUGUCCCUUCGCAUUCAUUUGCAAAAACGAGAUUUCUGGUGCUUCUAGGUUCCCUUACUUGCUCUAUGUGUUGACUGUGUCUGGCGUGGCUUACUUCUUGAGAAUUCGAAAUGUUUCUGCAUACGCGUCUCUUUCCAUUUUCCCUGUGAAUGAGCUUUUGGAGGUUAAUGUGCGUGGUUAUAUUCCUAAUCACACGGCGGCGAUAACGGCUGUGACAGCUACUGUUGGGGGUCUUCUUGUUGGCACGAGUGAUGGUUCUGUUUUCUGUUUUCAACUUGGUGUAGUCGACCCUAGUGCUCCUGGUUUUGUGCGUGAGCUGAGGGAUGAAUCUGGAAUCAGUCGCUUGUGGGGUUUAAUAUCACGGGGGAAAAUGGUGGGUACUGUACAGGAGUUGGUAAUUUUGGAGUUGCAUGACAAAAAGUUUGUAUUUGUGCUUCAUUUGGAUGGGACAUUACGAAUUUGGGAUCUUGCAUCUGGUAGCAGGGUCUUUAGUUAUAACAUGGGCAUUAUGACAAUGGAAGGUGCUACCUUUGUAAGGUUAUGGGUGGGCCCAUCUUAUCCCAAUUCAAGUAUAAUUCCCUUGGCAAUUUUGUACAGAGACACAUCGGAUGAAAACUCGGAGAUGAUCUCUUUAUAUAGUAUCCUAUAUAAUUUUGGGGACAGAAUUGUUUUCUCUAUGGAGCCUUCAGCACAAAACAUUCCCCUGGAGGAGGGACGAUGCCUUGAUGUUAAAUUAACAUUGGAUAAGAUAUGGAUACUGAAGGAUGAUGAAUUAGUAUCACACGCGUUCUCUACAAAUAUUGACGAGGUAGAAGCAUUAUCUUAUGCUUUACAGGAAGAAUUUGUUGCUGAUCAACUAUUUCAAAGUACUGAGCAUCUUGCAGAUGAAAUUUUGCGGAUCACACAUUCAAUAUUUUCAUCUUCGAAGGAUGAUAUUUUGCCUUUUGUAUCUUCUGUUUUCUUAAGAAGGUUGCUUCUUCCUGGGGUUCACCAUAAUGCUACUUUGUAUGCAACUCUAGUUGAGUAUAGCAGGCAUUUGGGUGAAUCUGAGCUACAAACAUUAACUGCUGAUGGGCUAAAAAAAGAGAUACUUUCACUUAUAGAACAUGAGGUUGGAUCUGAAAAAGUGUCUUUAUUGCACUGCUGGAAAUGUUUUUUCACCCGCUAUUUCCAUAACUGGUGCAAGAACAAUGCGUUAUAUGGUUUGCUUGUUGAUUCCUCUUCAGAUGCUGUUGGUUUAAUCAGAAAAAAUUCCAUUUCACUUUUUCGGUCUUUGGAAGAUAUUGAACGGAUUGUAGAAGGCUCUUCGGAUGAAGUUAGUGAGCUCACAGGCCUCGUGGAUAUAUUUGAUGAUGAUCUGGAGUGUGAAAUUCUAAUUGAAUUGCUCAGAUGUGUUGCAAGUUUCAGCCAACAGUUGGGCAAAACUGCUUCUUCUAUAUUUUAUGAAUCACUUUUAACUACAACAGUGGUCUCUUCUGAAGACAUCGUUUGCUAUAUUGUGAAGAUUCUGGAAACUGGAUAUUGUAUGUCAAGUCCAGUGCUUCAAACUUCUACUUCUGGUGAUCAUAUAGUAGUUCUGGAGAAGGAGCUAGCAGAUCAUAAAAGUUUGAGGAAACUUUCUGUUGAUAUGUUUUUGUCACUUCAAGGUUUGCACAAAAAGGCUUCUGCAUGGGGCAGGAUUUUAAAUGUAAUUGAGUGUUUCCUGAAAUUUUUGGUUCCGCAGAAAGUAAUACAAAAGUAUGAUACUGAAAUGUCAUCAAACAUAAAUUCUUCAGUUAUAGUACAUACUACAUAUCAGAUUGCAAAGGUUAUGUUUGAAUCUGCCUGGGACUUUCUUCUAUUUUUAAGCUAUUUGGUGGACAUCAGUGGUCAGGUCCAUUUGUCACAUGAUGAUAUAAACAAAGUACAGCUUGAGUUAGUUCCAAUGCUUCAGGACAUUAUUUUUGAAUGGCUAAUCAUCAUCUUCUUUACCAUCACACCAACUGCAGCAGCUGUAACUGAGGAUUUCAAUUCUAAACUUUCGUCAUUACAAAUAGAUAACAACAUGGGGAAACGAUUAUGGAAUGAUAAGCUUGGCAGAUGUGACUUUACAUUGGCUUUUAUUUUCUUGCUAAAUGUUGGAAGUUCAUCCUUAGACCAUAGCCACUUCUAUUCAGAACGUUUUUCAAACGUGCAGAGCUUUAUUAAUAGGACAAGAGACUUCAUCAGUUGGAUCAUUUGUGGCCAGGCUGGAGGAUCUUCUACUUUCUUGAGUCGUUCUAUUGAUCUUGCAUUUAUCCUUUUCAAGCAUGACCAGUAUGGUGCUGCUGAGCAAUUGCUUACGAUUGCGGAAGCACAUUUACUAAAGGAGAAGACAUCUCAAAGUAUUCAAGAUGCUGAUGGUGGAUGGUGCAUACGUCAUCAUCUUCUAGGAUGUUGCCUACUUGCAGAGGUGCAGUGUGGAUUACAUGGAACCCAGAAGGAUAAAAAAGUUUCUGAUGCCAUUCGCUGUUUCUUUAGGUCUUCAUCAGGAAAUGGUGCAUCUGUAGCUCUGCAGAGUUUAUCUGAUGACUUAGGAAUUCCAUAUCUUGGUUUUAGUGGUUGUACAUCAAUUGCUGAAUGGAAGCUUCAAUACUAUCAAUGGGCAAUGCAGUUAUUUGAACGUUAUAGCAUUAGUGAAGGUGCUUGCCAAUUUGCUCUUGCUGCACUCGAGCAAGUUGACGAGGCUCUACAUAUGAAAGAUGAAAAGUACUUGAACAACUCAGUUAAUGAAUCAGUGACAACCAUCAAGGGACGACUAUGGGCAAAUGUUUUCAUAUUUGCAUUGGACCUUGGUCGAUAUUAUGAUGCAUAUUGUGCAAUAAUUUCAAAUCCAGAUGAGGAGAGCAAAUGCAUCUGCUUGAGACGAUUCAUAAACAUUCUCUAUGAACAGGGAGCCAUAAAGAUACUUUGCAGUAAUAAACUUCCCCUUAUAGGUUUAGUGGAGAAAGUGGAGCAAGAGCUUGCUUGGAAGGCUGAACGAUCAGAUAUUUCUGCAAAGCCAAACUUGUAUAAGUUGCUUUAUGCAUUUCAAUUGCACCGGCAUAACUGGCGGCGAGCAGCAAACUACAUAUACAUGUAUUCAGCUCGUUUGAGAACUGAAGCAGCUUUGAAAGAUAGUGUAGGAAGUUCCUUGAUGUUGCAAGAGAGGCUGAAUGCACUCUCUGCAGCAGUCAAUGCACUGCAUCUUGUUCAUCCUGCAUAUGCUUGGAUUGAUUCAUUGGCUGAGGGAAGUUCUGUCGUGAAUGAACAUUAUCCAAGUAAGAAAGCUAAAAGAACCCCAGAUGAACUUUCAGCAGCUGAUAAUGAUGUGGAGCCUCAAGGCUGGACGUCCUCUAUUGAUAUUGAAAAACUUGAGAACGAGUUUGUUCUAACUUCAGCAGAGUAUAUGCUGUCACUGGUAAAUGUCAAGUGGACAUUUUCUGGAAAACAUGGAGCUCUAUCAGACUUUGCUGAUAUUCUUGUCCGGAACAAUUUUUAUGAUAUGGCCUUCACAGUCCUUCUCAAAUUUUUCAAGGGUUCUGGAUUGAAGAGGGAACUGGAAAGAGUUUUAUCUUCUAUUGCAUUGAAAUGCUGUCUUGAUAAAGUGGAAUCCACUUGGGUUGAGGAACACAGUCAUUUAUUGACAUCAGCAAAGCAUGAUAUGGUUGUUCAUGGUUCCCCUAUUACAGUUCCAACAAUUCCACCAACUGACAGAAAUAGUUGUUGGGCAACUCUUAAGCUUUACCUUGAAAAGUAUAAGGACUUUCAUGGUAGAUUACCGAUUAUUGUUGCUGAAACACUCCUACGUGCAGAUCCUAAGAUUGAAUUGCCUCUUUGGCUCGUUCAAUUGUUUAAGGAGGGCCAAAAGGAAAGGUUGUGGGGGAUGACUGGCAAGGAAUCAAAUCCUGCAUCUUUAUUUCAGCUUUUUGUUACCUAUGAUCGAUAUGCAGAAGCUACUUCUCUUUUGCUUGAGUGCAUAGACUCAUUUGCCUCAAUGAGACCAGCAGAUAUAAUUAGAAGGAAAAGACCAUUUGCUGUUUGGUUUCCAUACACAACUAUUGAGAGGCUACUGUACCGACUCGAAGAAUUAAUCAGAAUGGGUCACAUGGUAGAUCAUUGUGACAAGCUCAAAAAGGUGUUACAUGGUUCCUUACAGAAUCAUCUGAAGAUGUUGAAGGUGGACUCAGAUGAUGCUAUCUCUGUAUCUUGAUUGCUUUCUUAUACUGACAACUGGAUGUUGUAGACAAUAGUGUGUUCACAGUGCAGUCAACUACUUGCUGUGUUAACUGCAUAAUGUCCAGUAAAAAGGCCUUGGCACGGAAUGUUGAAAUUUUGGGAUGAAAAAGCCAUGGCAGAAGAGGGCAUUUCCAUUUCCUUUGCAACAGGAACAGGAACAACAAAAAUAACCGAAUGAUGGCCACCGCAGGAAUUGGACAUGUAGUUCUUAAAUUCCAUGUCCAUGAACAUCAAUGUAAAAUUUGUAUAUGAUUUAUCUACAGGGAAUUUCGGACAAGGAUGACUGACCUUUUGUUUGAUAUGGGUGAUAUCCAGAAUCAUUCUGUAUGGAUUUGCGCAAAAGUAGUCCAACUGAUUACAAGGAGAUUCAGUAUAGAAUGACUAGUGGUUGAAUAUCUUAUGUUUUUUCCCCACUGAAAGUUGCGAAAAAAUGUUUACCCAAAUCCAAUUAGAGAACGGCAUGAUCUGAUUUGAUGUCCAUAAUUUGUAAUCUAUAUUGGCAUAAUUUGUCCCAACCCACUUGCUAAAUUGCCAGUUCAAAAGAUCCCUUUGGUUUUGUUGUUGGCGAUGUAUGUGUCUUGGUUGUAAUGACAUUCGUUAAACAUUAGUGAUUGACAUCUUACUGAGUUGUAAGACCUUCUAAGCAUAGCAAUUUCUUGAACUCGAAAGUAAAUUUGAUUAUUAUUCAUUCAAUAUAAAUUUGAA